AUGAAGACCAGCUUCUCCGCCAUUGCCCUCGCCCUAGCUGCGACCUCCACCGCCACCAAGUUCGUCGUCAGUGGUGAUGGCUAUCUCCACGAGAACGGCAAGCAGAUCUUUGCCGCCAACAAUGCCGUCGAGUUCCAAAGCCAGGGUAGCGAGUUUAUCGUGAGCAACGGCUACUUGAGCACCUCCGACGGAAAGAACUUCUACGUCGGCAGCAACGGCGACGUGCUGUACCGCUCCACGACCGGUGACGCUGGCUUCUCCAUCCAGGAUGGCAAGCUCACCUGGGCGCACGGCAGCUUCUAUGCCUGCCCGCUGGAUGAGCUCUUCCAGACGAUCAAGCUUGGCGCUGUCCGCAAAGAUGGCCAGACUCCUGGUGAUGACUGCUCGCCCAUCGUCCUCACUCAGGUCUAA